CUGUAAACUCCGGCAUGUUCUCGACUCUCUAUUCCUUCUCUCAGCUGAUUGUGACGUAAUAUUCACAACAACGAGGCUAACUGGGCCAGAGACCUGCAAGUUUUGACACCCGCGGAGUGGAUCGCAGAGGCGACUGCUCUGCAUUGUGACGAAGGGACGCUGGAGAGACACACCGGUAAGAAGAGACGAUUCUAGAAACACGGCUGUCUCUGUCAACGACCACCUCAUCGUCUGUCAGGCUCACAAGCGAAGUGGUGUAGAGGGGUGACAGGAGGCGUCAUGGUGGAUUACUACAACAUCCUGGGAGUAUCCAAAACUGCAACUCAGGAUGACAUCAAGAAGGCAUAUAGGAAACUUGCGCUUAAAUGGCAUCCUGACAAAAAUCCAGACAACAAAGAGGAAGCAGAAAAGAGGUUUAAAGAAGUUGCUGAGGCGUACGAAGUUCUCUCUGACCAGAGUAAACGGGAUGCCUAUGACAGAUAUGGGAGUGAUGGAAUGAGAUACUCAGGCUCUUCCAAUUCAGACUUCUCUUCAGAUUUCCCAGGAUUCGCCUUCACAUUCCGCAGCCCAGAUGAGGUUUUCAAGGAGUUUUUUGGUGGCCAGGAUCCUUUCGCCAGCUUCUUUGAUGACUUCUCAUCCUUCGGUGGUUCGUCCUCCCGCCUGGGGCCCAGCCGGUUUUUCUCGUUCCCUUCAGCUGGAGCUGAAUUUACAUCUUUUUCAUCCAUGGGUGGUUUUCAUGACAUGGGAAGCAUGGGAGGUGGUAAUUUCAAAUCUGUGUCAACUUCCACCCGCGUCGUAAAUGGCAAACGCACGACCACCAAGAAGAUUAGAGAGAAUGGACAGGAAAGAACAGAGAUCGAAGAGGAUGGCGUGUUAAAGACUGUGCUAAUUAAUGGCGUACAGGAUGAUAUGGCUCUCGCACUGGAACUGAGUCAACGAGAGGGACAGCCUCAUCAACCACCUCCAAAUCCCUCAAUCCAAAACAGAUUACGUCAUGAAACCGGGAGAACCUGGUCCAGCCCGUAUUCCACUGGCACACAACGCUCGUUCAGUGCCGCCCCUUUCUACCAUUACGGGGGAGUUACUGGACGCGAGCAAGACGAGGACGAUGAAGAUCUACAGAUGGCGUUGGCGUGCAGCUUGUCAGAAAUGGAAGCCCAGCAGAGAGCAACCGCUCCCGACUUCUUAUCAGACUCAGACUUUGAGGCUUUCACCAGCUAACCGUCCCUUGCUGUGUUGUGACCACGCCCUCAUCUUCCGGUCAAAGUUUAAUAUCCCAUGAUGCACUUGUCUCUCUGCUCAACAAAGCUUCGACAUGAUGAAUGAUUCUUACACCGUUCCAGAAGUGUGCUUUGUGUGUUUGUGAAUGAGUAUUCCCCAUAAUGGGUGGAAACAAAAAUGGCUCUGGAUUAAUCAGCUUUGAUUGUACUGAGUUGUAACUCAUUUUUAGAAGAACAAUAAUGUACAGGAUAAACAGGUCAAGCGUAAAGCGCAAUUAUCCCAACAAUUUGAAAUGGAUACAUGUUUUGACAUAAGGUAUUAUGUAAAGCAAGGAAAUAAAGUAUUUCCUUCCA